AUGUUGCCUGACCACACUUUAGUGUUAUCUACAGAAAAAGCCGCUCCCAAUAGAAAGAUUAUGAAAGAAAGAGUCACUUUUAUGCCUUGCGCUAAUGCGACGAGCAACCAUAAACUUCGUUUACUUGUUGUAGGAAAGGCUCAAAAGCCUCGUGCAUUUAAAUCGGUUACACUUCCUGUGUACUACCGAGGGCAGAAGAAUGCGUGGGUAACAAGAGAUUUAUUUUUAGAUUGGUUCAACAAUGAAUUUGUUCCUAGCGUUCGUCGUCAUCUUUCUUCAAUCAAUUUUSCUAUGGAAGCUGUAUUACUAUUGGAUAACUGCCCAGGUCACCCAUCUGCAGAUGAACUUCGCAGUGAAGAUGGCAAAAUUUUUGCGAUGUUUCUUCCACCAAAUACAACUGCUCGUAUUCAACCAAUGGAUCAGAAUGUUAUCCAAAACAUAAAAUUGAAUUACCGAAAAACUUUACUUAUGAAUAUUUUGGCGAAUGGAGAAAACGGAGUUGACUUGGUAGCAGCUUUGAAAAAAAUCAAUCUUAAAGAUGUUGUUUUUAACUUGGCUAACUGUUGGUUAUCUGUCUCGUCACAUCUGAUUAAAAUGUCAUGGAAAAAUCUUAGUCCACAACUGGUGGAUGUGAACGAAACCACUAAAGUUCARGAGGAAAACAUUAUCCUUACCCCACUUUUAGCCAAGUUGGCUCCAAACACAGCCAUUACUGAGGAUGAAAUUCAACAGUGGGCAUCRGGGGGCUGCGAUGAAGAGAUACAGCACCAGGAAGUUUUAACUGAUGAUGAAAUCAUGCAUGCCGUGACCAAAGAAGAUAUUGAGAAGGAAGAAGAUGAUGAAUUUUUGCCCCCUUCAAAAUUAUCUGCUUCAGAAGCUACAAAAGCGUUAAAUACGGCCAUCCAGUGGGCUGAACAAAACGAUCAAAGCUGCGAAGAACUAAUGUUACUUAGACGUUUGCGGGACAAGGCAUACCAAUCCACAAUAGAAACCAGU